CGCUUGAUACUAACGAAUGCAACCCUAACGACAGCACAAACUGACAUACGGUUGUUUAGAUUGCGACAGCGGUUUACGGCAGUAGUGGCGCAGGUUUUCAAUUCAAUUUGUAGACUGAAGCACGUUAGAAAUAUCUUGUGCAUUUUAAGACAAUUAAUCCGUGAUUCUGUUACUAUCAUGGAUGUUGGUGAACUUCUGAGCUAUCAGCCGGACAGGGGCGCUAAGCGGCCCCGGGAGGAGGACGGAGACGAAGACCCCAAAGUUAAACAGAAGCCCCCCGGGGCCCGGGAGCACGGCAGACACGCAGAGCCAGAUGACCCGGACGCGGAGGAGCUGGGCGGCAACAGGAAAAGGGUCCUGGAGAAGCUGAUGGAUCACGAUGACGACCAGGAGGGAGAACCAGUGGAUGAGAGCUCGGUGAAGAAGAUGAUUCUGACCUUCGAGAAAAGAUCGUACAAGAACCAGGAGCUGAGGAUUAAGUUUCCCGACAGUCCAGAGAAGUUCAUGGAGGCGGAGCUGGACCUGAAUGACAUCAUACAGGAGAUGCACGUCAUCGCUACCAUGCCUGACCUCUACCACCUGCUGGUGGAGCUCAAUGCUAUCCAUUCAUUGCUUGGGUUACUGAGCCAUGAGAACACAGAUAUAGCCAUCGCGGUGGUGGAUCUCCUGCAGGAGCUGACGGACAUCGACACACUUCACGAGAGCGAGGAGGGCGCGGAGGUGCUCAUCGACGCUUUGCUGGAGGGGCAGGUGGUGGCCCUGCUGGUGCAGAACAUGGAACGGCUGGAUGAGCAGGUGAAGGAGGAGGCGGACGGGGUCUACAACACGCUGGCGAUCGUCGAGAACAUGGCGGAGUUCCGUCCGGACAUGUGCACCGAGGCUUCCCAGCAGGGCUUGAUGCUGUGGCUCCUGAAGAGAAUCAAGGCCAAAAUGCCGUUCGAUGCCAACAAGCUGUACUGCAGUGAAAUCCUUGCCAUCUUGCUGCAGAACAAUGACAGCACCAGGGAGCUCUUGGGGGAGGUUGAUGGCAUUGAUGUGUUACUGCAGCAGCUAUCAGUCUUCAAGCGACACAACCCCGCCACGGCGGAGGAGCAGGAGAUGAUGGAGAACCUUUUCGACGCACUGUGUUCCUGCCUGAUGCUGGGAGCCAAUCGGGACCGCUUCCUGAAGGGGGAGGGGCUUCAGCUGAUGAACCUCAUGCUCAGGGAGAAGAAGAUGUCUCGCAUGAGCGCGCUCAAAGUCCUGGACCACGGCAUGAUUGGCCCCGAGGGCUCGGACAACUGCCACAAGUUUGUGGACAUCCUGGGCUUGAGAACCAUCUUCCCGCUGUUCAUGAAGACGCCCAAGAAAAUGAGGAAAGCCGGGGUAUCGGACAAGGAGCAUGAAGAGCACGUCUGUUCCAUCAUCGCCUCGAUGCUGAGGAACCUGAAAGCCCAGCAGAGGUCUCGGCUUCUCAACAAAUUCACGGAGAACGACUGCGAGAAGGUGGACAGACUGAUGGAGCUGCAUUUUAAAUACCUGGAGGCCGUGCAGGCAGCUGACAAGAGGAUCGAAGGGGAGAAGCAUGACAUGGUGCGCCGUGGUGAGAUCAUCGACGACGCCAUGGAGGAUGAGUUCUACCUGCGGCGGCUGGACGCCGGGCUCUUCGUCCUGCAGCUGCUGUGCUACAUCAUGGUGGAGAUCAGCAACUCCGGCAUCCCCCAGCUGCAGCAGAGAGUUCAUCAGAUCUUAAACCUACGAGGAGGCUCCGUCAAAGUGGUCCGGCACAUCAUGAGAGAAUACGCAGAGAACAUCGGCGACGGAAAGAGCGAGGAGUUCAAGGAGAGCGAACAGAAGAGAAUCAUGGACCUGCUGGAGUGCUUCUAGGCCCAUUCCAACCUCCCCCAACUUACACCCCCACCCCCCCACACCCUCCGGGAGAUGGGGUUCCCUGGGAUUGUGGGAUAGCGGUCCAGGGGACACCACGUUUAACACCCUGUUAAAAAAAAAAAAAAGACCUGUUUAAAACCUCAGGAUUUUUCCACUCAAAGAAUUAAACUUUGGGGUAACAUUUCCUUUUUUUAA